CACAGCGCCAAAAGGUCAGCCCCUGUCUCACGCACGCACGCACGCACACUCGCUCUGGGUUCAUUUUCCUCCAACUCUUCCUUUCUCGCUAACAAUCAUUCAAACCCGUACCAUUUACCAAAACCCUCUGCUACCAAUCCAAGCGCAAGGACUAUCCCUAGCCUGAAUCAAAUCGCAGCCGCCGGUUCAUUCUACAGAGGUUUGAUUCCCUCUCUUUUCACCUCAAAAUUCCAUUCAUUUUCUUUAAUAAAAAUAUAUUGUAUGAGUUUCUGAGUCCCCGAUGAUCGGUUGGGAGGGUACUCGUGGGGCCGCCUCCGAACUCGCAUCUCCGGACCCGCCCGAUUCGUUCCCGCAACCCAAAUCGGACGGGGGAGGCGAUGUCGAUGCCGAGCCCGAGCCCGAGCCCUCAUCGCCGUCGCAGUACUCGUCGUGCGGAGAGUCCGAGUUCGAGCGCUACUGUAGCGCGAACUCGGCGAUGGGCACGCCGAGUGUGCGUAGCUCGAUCACGACGUUUAACGAUUGCGAACUAGAGUCUGAGUUUUUAGGGUCUAUGAGGAGUGAUAGUGGUUUGGAAGGUUUUAGUUUGGGAGGGUUGUUCGAUAGGAAUCGAGAGGACCAGAGGGUUUGGGGUCGCGGUAACGAGUGUUUAGGUGAUAGAAAUGUUGAAUUUCGAGAUGGGAAAAGGGUAAAGGAAGAAGGGAGGUUGAUAAAGAGUGGGUUCGAGUUGUAUGAUACUGAGGGACGUGAUAAGUCAAAUGAAAUGAUGGGUUUGAAGGUUGGGAGUGUGUCGGGAUUAGUUGCAGGGUGGGAUGAUGGUUCGGGUGAAGCAGGUGGAUGUGGUGAAGGUGAUGAAGAAGGUUCUAUAGGGUCAAGAGAACAAGGCGAGUCAGGAAUGUUGCGAGUUAGUGUUGAGAAUUUGCCUGGUAGAGAGGCCAUUGGUGAGGAACAUGGGGAUGAGGUUGGAGUAGAUUCGUCAUCUGGGUUUGUUGGUGAAGGGGAUGGUGGUUGCUAUGACGGGUUGAAUUUGCCAUCUGAUUUGCUGUUUGAUAGAAGGGAAACAAAGAGGGAAGAGGAGGAUGGGACGUCAUCGAGAUAUGAGCAUUCGGAGGGUGAAGAUUCGAUGUAUAAUUAUGGUACGGAUGAUGAGUGUAGGGAUCGCUUUUAUGUUCAAAGAAACAUGCAUUAUGGUAAGGAAGCAAAAGCGGGGAAUGAAAAUCCGUUGCUUAUUAACUCAUCUGUGGCAUUUGGUUCAGAAGACUGGGAUGACUUUGUGCAAGAAACAGAGGGAACUACCCUGGCUUCUCUGGCCUGGGAUGCAUUCCAGGAUCAGAAAGAACAGCAUCCUGCAACUGGGGGGGACAUUCUGAAUUCAAAUUUUGAGACCUCCAUUGGGAUUUCAAGUACUGGUCAAAUAGACCAAGGACAAGUUGUGACAGACAUGCCUGUGGCUAGGAAACAAGUUCAAGAUGAUUAUGAAUUGGGUGAUGAUCUUGAUAGCUAUUCUCCGAACCCAAAUAGUAUUUCAAAUUUUGCUGAAGCAGAGCUAAUAGAAGACGUGAGAGACAUUCCUGAAGCCAGUUAUCAUGUUCAAGGUGGCAAUGAAUUGGCUGGAUAUACCGAAAGUACUUCCGUGAUUCCAACCAGUUUUUCAAAUUUCCAUGAACCAGAACAAGAAGAUGUCAGAGAUACUUCUGUUACCAACAAUCAAGUUCAAGCUGCUGAUGAAUCAGAAAGUUCUGCUAGUAAUGCCUUUCAAAUGGAGCUGGAACAACUUGCUGAAAAAAUACCUGUGGAGAUGAAAUUGAACAUUGUGGAGAAUGGCAUGGAAAGGGAGCAUCAGUUUAUGACAACUGAAGAAUUUAUUGGCAUUGAUGACAGUCGAGCUUUAGAAAAUCAAGAUUUGGGUAAAUCAAAAGAGAAGUUGGACCUUUUGGAUGUGACAAUUAAUCAACUUUGUUCCCAUUCACCUGUAUAUCCGGAAAACAUAAACGUCAACUUAUUUGAAGACCAUGAUAAAAUGCCAUCCCCGUCAGCUUCUGAAAACAGGGUGAUGAUAAUUUCAAACAAUUCUCCUGUUUCCACAGAUCUCUUUGAAGACCAUCCUCCACCAAUUCGGACAGAAAAUCUUGAUAUAGAUGAAUUCUACAAUGAGAUUGUACAUGACAUGGAAGAAGUUUUACUUGACUCUGGCAAGACUCCUGAAGCUAGGUUCUCUCAGGAUAAUAGGAUGUUUCAGUCAGAGCUGUCUCUGCCUUUGAGAGAUGGUGGGUCGACUGCUUCUACUUCUGGUACAGAUGAUGCUUCCCCACUCAUUCAGAACCCACUGAGAAUUGAUGGGGUUGAAGUGGUUGGUGCAAGACAGAAGAAGGGGGAUGUCUCUUUUAGUGAAAGACUGGUUGGAGUGAAGGAACACACCGUGUAUGAAAUAAGAGUGUGGAGCGGCAACAACCAAUGGGAGGUUGAACGACGAUAUCGUGAUUUUUUUACUCUAUAUCGUCAGUUGAAAACAUCAUUUGCUGACCAAGACUGGAUUCUACCUUCUCCCUGGUCCGCUGUAGAAAAGGAAUCCAGAAAGAUAUUUGGGAAUGCUUCUCCUGAUGUUGUUGCAGAGAGAAGUGUUCUUAUUCAAGAGUGUUUACGUUCAAUUCUCCAUUUCAAGUUUUUAUCCAGUCCCCCAACUGCAUUGAUUUGGUUUUUGUCCCCUCAAGAUUCAUUUCCCAGUUCUCCUAUGUCAAAUACACUGGUGCCCCCGUCUACCUCUUUUGCUAGAAGGGCAGAUACAGAAAACAUUUCCACUUUAGGGCAGACUAUAUCACUUAUUGUUGAAAUCCAGCCAUACAAACAUAUGAAACAGAUGCUAGAAGCUCAACAUUAUUCCUGUGCUGGAUGCCACAAACAUUUUGAUGAUGAAAAGACACUGAUGAGAGACUUUGUACAGACAUUUGGUUGGGGUAAGCCUCGACUUUGUGAAUACACUUCUCAAUUAUAUUGCUCUUCGUGCCAUACAAAUGAGACUGCAGUCUUACCAGCAAGAGUUUUGCAUCAUUGGGAUUUUACUCCCUAUCCAGUUUCUCAGCUGGCUAAAUCGUAUCUGGAAUCCAUACAUGACCAGCCCAUGCUUUGUGUUAGUGCGGUUAAUCCUUUCCUAUUCUCAAAGGUUCCGGCCCUGCUUCAUGUUAUGGGUGUCAGGAAAAAAAUAGGAACCGUGCUUCCAUAUGUUCGUUGUCCAUUUCGUAGGACCAUCAACAAAGGACUUGGGUCUCGAAGAUAUCUUCUUGAAAGCAAUGAUUUUUUUGCACUUAGAGACCUUAUUGAUCUUUCCAAAGGGCCCUUUGCAGGACUACCUGUGAUGGUGGAAACCGUCUCAAGGAAAAUCACGGAGCAUAUUACAGAGCAAUGCCUCGUAUGCUGUGAUGUGGGAGUACCCUGCGGUGCUCGACAAGCUUGUAAUGACCCUUCUGCUCUCAUUUUCCCUUUUCAGGCAGGUGAGGUUGAAAGGUGUACAUCUUGUGAAUCGUUAUUCCAUAAGCCUUGCUUCAGAAAGCUCACAAACUGCCCUUGUGGGGCACACCUCAGGGUGGAAGAGAGUGUAAGCUACAGGGCCAGUGGUGAGGUUAGUAGAGCUUUGGACUUGUUGGGUAAGAGAUCUGACUCUGGUUUGUCUGUCGGAUUGUUCUCUGGACUGUUUGCAAGGGCAAAACCGGAAAAGACAAGGGAGCAUAAAGACAGUGACAACGUUAUCUUAAUGGGUUCCAUGCCAAGCACUUCUCUGUGAUCACCUAUAAUUGAAUUUGUAUCAUUUUUGUUUCUACAUCUGAAAAUAUCAUACUUCAUUUUUUGUA